AUGGGCGAAGUUCGUUUGGAAGGAGAUCCCAUCUCACUAAAGAGCGAGGACGAGCAGUCAGACAUGAUUGGGCGUGGGCCUCAUCCUGUUCGAAUAGUAGAGGUAGUUGAGGAUGUUGAUCAUUCGUUCGAGCUCAAUGUUGCGGCACUUGAAAGUAUUUUACUCGAUCCUAAGGUGGCUGACAAAAAGGUUGCCGUCAUUGGAGUUGCUGGUGCUUACAGAAUGGGAAAAUCAUUUCUGCUUAAUUUCUUUCUGCGGUAUCUACAGUGGCGUGCGGAUGGAUCUGAUGAUGACGGCUUUAGUGGUAUGGAUUGGCUUGGAACUCAUCCAGAGUCGCUUAAAGGUUUCUCUUGGCGUGGUGGUAGCAAGCGAGACACAAAUGGAAUCCUCAUUUGGAGUCAGCCUUUCAUAAUGAAAGACAAAAACGGAGAAGAGAUUGCUGUCAUUCUCAUGGAUACACAGGGUACAUUUGAUUCGCAGAGUACCGUCAAAGAUUGUGCUACCAUAUUUGCGCUUUCUACAAUGGUUUCUUCAAUGCAGAUAUACAAUCUGCUACAUAACAUUCAAGAAGAUCACUUGCAACACUUACAAAUGUUCACUGAAUAUGGACGAUUAGCGAUGGAAGAUAAUGAUAACAAACCGUUCCAGUCGCUACAAUUCCUUGUUCGUGACUGGUCAUUCCCAUAUGAAGCGGAGUUCGGUUAUCAAGGAGGACAGCGCGUCCUCGAUGAUCGGUUGCAGGUAUCGGCGAAACAGCAUCCUGAGCUGCAACAACUGCGACAGCACAUUCGCAGUUGCUUUGAAAACAUUUCGUGUUUCCUUAUGCCAUAUCCUGGUAUCAAAGUGGCCACGAAUCCAGAUUUCAAUGGUUCUCUAUCUGACAUCGAACCCGAGUUCCAACAGCAGUUGCGUGUGAUGGUUCCACGCAUACUUGACUCCUGUAAUUUGGCAAUGAAGGAAAUUAAUGGACACAAAGUCACGUGUAGGGAGCUUGUUGAAUAUUUUAAGGCAUACAUGAAAAUUUUCCAAGGUCAAGAUCUACCGGAGCCGAAAUCCAUGCUGAUGGCAACUGCUGAGGCCAACAACCUAGCUGCUGUGGCUAGUGCCCGAGCUCUCUACCAAAGAGAAAUGGAGGAGAUUUGCGGUGGUGACACUCCAUAUAUGAGCACAAAUGAACUUCUUGAGCAGCACCAGCUUUGCAAAAAUGAUGCUAUUCGUGAAUUUCGCAAUACCCGAAAGAUGGGUGGGGUGGAAUACAGCGUACAGUUCUUAGCGAAGCUUGAAGACGAAAUUGAGGUGAGUUGGACUUCU